AUGGCUGCAUUUGAAUGUCUGACUUGUUCAGGGGUGUUCAGCGAGGACGAUAUCCUCAAGCAUGUCAACACCAGCCGACACAAGUCAAUAACGACGGAGGGAGAGGUGACGCCCAUCCAGUGUGAGGAUUGCGGAGACUCAAAUAUCCAUAUGUUGCAGAUCCAGAGAUUUGGAGGACGUGAGCUUGUUCUGCAGUGUAGAACGUGUAUUUCCAAAGAAACUGAGAAGGCAGCUACUAGUUAUACUCUGGAGAAUGGGUCCUUUUUCAAAAGACUAGGAGACUAUUAUGCUAUCAGCGAGCUAGGAUGUCAGCUAUGUGGUGAGUUUGAGAAAGAUCUGAAUUAUGGGAGAGGAAUCCCAAACGGCAAAUACCGCGAUACCGUGGUUUGUAACGCUUGUCUUCCCCAAAUAACUGUUCCGGCCGGCAAGAGUUUUGUGAAUAGCAACGACGAUUCAUUUCUAUUUGCUGUCCUUGCUAAGCGGGAGUAUUCACUAGCGGCUAAGGCUGCUUCUGGUGCCAAGAGGGACUCUGGACGAGGCAGAGGGCCCAAAAGAGGUCGUGGUGGAAGAGGUGGAAGAGGGCGGGGUCGAGGGAGAGGUAGAGGAGGAAGCAGAGGGGGGAGCAGAGGGGGGAGCAGAGGGGGCAGUAGGGGAGUACGAGGAGACCAUAGAGGUUCAGCAAGGGGCUCCAGGGGUGGUUUUGUGGCUUCAAGGGAUUCCAGAGCUGAUCAUGGGGGUUCAAGAGGUGGAAAGACCGCCUCCGGUGUCAGCUCCAGAGGACGUUCUGUAGAACCUGCUUCUUCCCGUCCUUUGCCGUCUCUGAACGGCUCGAAAGAUGCUUCAACAAUUCAUUCCUCUGAUCUAAAGUCAACCGCAAAAUCAGACUUCAAAUCUACAAAAUCGUCAAAACCCAAAGACAAAAGGCAGGUUCAAGAGUCACGUGACAAAGCUUCUGAAAAAUCCAAUUCUCUCCAGAAGACCUCGAAAACGCCCAAAGGUUCGGAUUUGGCUUCCAAUAUGGCAAAGCUCACUGUUGAAGAUGAUCUUGACUUGGAGCAUGAAGAUAUUGGUUCCGAAAUGCUCGAGAAGCUCAUCAAGCAGAAUGCCAGAGAGGCCCAGCUCAAGUAUGAUUCGCUGGAGGACUACUUCCAGAAAACUGCUUUCGACCUGCUAUUGGAGGAGCUUUACGAUGUGAAGCUUACAUCUGAUGUGACUGUCAAGUCCAAUCGGGAAGGAUUUGUGUUCACCUUGGAUUACCAGGAAGAGAUGGACCGCAGAGUCGACCCCAAGUUCCAGCGUCUUCGCCCAUGGCCAUAUGCAAACGGCCAAACGUUGAUCUUGAUCGACAAGUUUCAGAAGGACAGGUGCUGGUAUGGGUUUGUCGAUGACAUGAGACUUGCAAAGAAGCAAGUUGGAAGACGGACUGUCAAGCAAUUGGUGGUGACAAUUAAGCUGUACAGCUGGAACCAUUCCAAACUUCCUGCUGCCACUUUCCAAUUGCUACCAACGAGUGUUCAGGUGAGCAGAAUUAUUAAGGGAAUGGACGAUAUUCGUCACUCAAAUUUCCGGUCCCUGUGUCUCGGUCAGGAACCAAUUCGUCAGCUUCGCUUUAACAACUAUGUGAAGUUCACUCGCGAUACCUUCAAUGAUUCACAGAAGAAGGCAAUCCAAUCUGUUUUGAACAACGCUGUGACGGUUCUGCAGGGCCCUCCUGGAACGGGUAAGACCUCUACAAUUGUAGAGAUCAUUCUUCAACUUCUGGCCAACUUCCACACUUAUCCAAUUUUGGUUGUCGCCUCUUCCAACAUCGCUAUUGAUAAUAUCGCCGAGCAGUUGAUGACCCGCGAUGUUCCGAUAGUGAGAAUCGUUGCAAAGUCGAAGGAAUCUGAUUAUCGUGCAGACCAUCCUUUGGCACCGAUCUGUUUGCACCAAAAGGUGUUUCAAGGAUUGCGGUUGAACGCUAAGGACACUGUUCAAAAGAUAAGAACGAACAAAGUUUCCAGUGUGAGUAAGAAUGCCUUCAAGAAAUUGCAAACGGAAUCUUUUGAAACCUCAGAUACACACGUGGCACAAGCUUCGGUAAUUUUGACCACGACUGUUGGAGCUGGUGGGCCCCAAUUCAAGAGUAUCAAGUCUAUCCCAGUUGUGAUCAUGGACGAAGCAACACAAUCGUCUGAGCCAGCAACUCUGAUUCCUCUAGCAUCAAAGGGUUUGCAGAAAUUUGUUUUUGUCGGAGACCAAAACCAGUUGAGUUGCUUUGCUCGUGUUCCCAGCUUGGAGAUGUCCAUGUUCGAAAGAAUCUUGUUGAACGGGACCUACACGGAGCCCAUGAUGCUUGACACGCAGUACCGUAUGCAUCCAGAUAUAUCCCAUUUCCCACGUACACGGUUCUAUGGAGACAGGCUUCAUGACGGUGUGACUGCUGCAGACCGCACUGUUGACUCUGUGAAAUACCCAGUAUAUUUUUGGAACACUAAAGGGAAACGGGAAUCCAUUGUGAAGAGUAGGGGAGCAAACGGGUACUCGAUGACAUACAAAAACGACGGAGAAGCCAAGUUGGUGUUGGACGUGAUUCGCGCGCUUAUCGUUGAAAAGGGUAUCUCGCGCGACAGAAUUGGUGUUGUGACACCAUACCGUGGUCAGCGUGAUCAUCUUGCCAAGCAAAUUUCGCAAGACGAGGUUAUCAACCCAAGCAAAGAAGCUGCUGUCGCUGCUGUUGAUAGAGACGAUGUGUUUGAUACGAGCGCUCCACUGACGAUAUACCAGGUCUCUGGUUUAUUGGUUGCCUCUGUUGAUGCAUUCCAAGGUCGUGAGAAAGACUUUCUUGUUCUUUCAUGCGUCCGUUCGAACGAGAGAAAGACUAUUGGUUUCUUGAAAGAUAAACGUCGUAUGAACGUGGCUCUGACCAGAGCAAAAUACGGUCUUAUUGUGAUAGGUGAUACCGAAUGUCUGACGGAAUCGCCAUUGUGGAAGGAUUAUAUUGAAGAACUUGGCUCCAAAGGUUACGUUUUCGAUGGAGAUACAUUUGAGUAUUAG